AUGGCGAGAAAUGUGCGAAUACAUCAGCUCCAGAAGCUGACGUGGCGCCCAUCCUUCCAGGCGUCUUCGUUUGUACAGCCAUCUCGCUGCUUUUCAGUCCUCAAUCGCCCUCCGCCCAAGUAUGAGGGCCACAUACCACUAACACGCGUGGAAAGAUUAGGGUUGGCAAUAGGUUCAGGCCUUGGAAGCUUCUUGGACCCCCGGAGAGGAGACCUCAUCGCAUCCUUUGGUGAAGCGACCGCACAGCCCUACUUCAUAUACAAGCUUCGCGAUCGCAUGCUUCUGAACCCAAUUGGCCGACGAAUACUACGCGACCGACCGCGAUUGACGUCCACCUCGCUUGACAUUCCCCGCCUUCGCAACCUACCGCCGAACACACUGGGCUAUGCGUAUGCUGCAUGGCUUGACCGCGAAGGCGUCUCUCCAGAUACGCGGGCGGCAGUACAAUACAUAGAUGACGAGGAGUGCGCAUAUGUCAUGCAACGAUAUCGCGAGUGUCACGACUUCUACCACGCUCUGGUAGGACUACCCGUCUUCCGUGAGGGUGAAGUUGCUCUGAAAGCAUUCGAAUUCGCAAACACUGGCCUACCCAUGACUGGCUUGGCUGUAUUCAGCGCCUUCACCUUGAAGAAGGCUGAAUGGAGACGUUUCUGGGACGUCUAUGGACCGUGGGCUACAAGGAACGGCGCACAAAGUGCCGACGUGAUCAACAUCUACUGGGAGGAAGAACUAGAAACAGACAUUGACGACUUAAGAGCUAGGUUGGGUAUCGAGAAGCCACCGGAUCUACGAGCUAUGCGCAAGGCUGAACGCGAAGCGCGCAAGAAAGAGAAAGAAGCCAAAGAGAACAUGGCACGGGCUGCCGUAUGA